GAUCGGGUUUUUCCAGGCAGAGCAGAAUUUCUUCCUGUCACUGUGGUCUCGACGUCAUUCAAUAGUGAGAUUUAAAACUGCUUGUGAAAGAUCGGACCUGCAGCUCAGAUGAUUCGGAUCGGACUUCAGAUCAGUCUUAUCUCUUCAGUUCUUCUGCUUCACUGUCUUCCCAGGACCAGUGCGGCGGCGGUGUGCAGCCAGGAGCAGUUCAGGUGUGGAAAUGGGAAGUGCAUCACCAGCCGUUGGGUUUGUGACGACACAGAUGACUGUGGUGACGGAUCCGAUGAACUUGUGUCUUCCUGCAAAGAGAAGAGGUGUGUGAUGGGUCAGUUCAGCUGCGGCGGGCGGCUCAAUCAGUGCGUGUCCUCCAGGUGGCACUGUGACGGUAAAGCCGACUGCGAGAAUGGAGCGGACGAGCAGGGCUGCGUGUUAAAGAACUGCACGGACGGAGAGUUUCGCUGUACAAGCGGUCAGUGCGUGUCGCUGUCGUUCGUGUGCGACGAGGAUUCCGACUGUGACGACGGCAGCGACGAAGCUUCCUGUUCUGCCCCCACCUGUAGCCCCGCCUCCUUUCAGUGCAAUAACUCUGUGUGCGUGCCUCGUCUUUGGGCCUGUGACGGGGAGCCCGACUGCGCGGACAGCUCGGAUGAGUGGCCGCAGAACUGCGCUUCUGGGACGGGGCAGCGCACGCACGUUCCCUGCAGGACUCACGAGUUUCAGUGCAGCAGCGGUGAGUGCGUUCACGGCAGCUGGAGGUGCGACGGAGGCUUUGACUGCAGCGAUCGUUCAGACGAGGACAACUGCACCACGUCCACCUGCCAGCCGGAUGAGUUCACCUGCGCAGACGGCAGCUGUGUUCCAGGACAUCGUCAGUGUGACGGGAAUGAUGACUGUCAGGAUGGUAGUGAUGAGAUGGAGUGCGGCAGAGUGAACGCCUGCGACGGCUCGAGCAUGUUCAAGUGUCGCAGCGGCGAGUGCAUCAGUCUGGAUAAAGUGUGUGACAGUCAGGGGGAUUGUAGCGAUUUGUCAGAUGAGCCUGUCAGAGACUGCAACACUAACGAGUGUCUAAAGAACAACGGUGGCUGCUCUCACAGGUGUAAUGAUCUGAAGUUGGGCUCUGAGUGUUUGUGUCCUGAUGGUCAUCGCCUCAUCAAUCACACACACUGUGAAGAUGUGGACGAGUGCGCAGACGCAGACACCUGCAGUCAGAUCUGCAUUAAUCUGAUUGGAAGCUUUAAAUGUGAAUGUAACGCCGGAUAUGAAGUGGAUCACAUGACCAGAGACUGUAAAGCAGUUACAGCAUCAGCAGCAUUUCUGCUCUUCAGCACUCGUCAUGAGGUGAGGAAGAUGAUGUUGGGCAGCAGGGAGUACACAUCACUCGUCCGUGAGCAGAAAAAUGUUGUGGCUUUAGAUUUGGACAUCCCUAAUGAGAGGAUCUUCUGGUCUGAUGUGAGCCAGAAAAAAAUCUACAGCGCACUGGCUGGUGACCCCGCCCACCACACCACUGUGAUUGACAGCCAAAUCUCCGCCCCUGAGGGCCUGGCUGUGGAUUGGAUCCAUGGAAACAUCUACUGGACUGACAGCCAGUUAGGAACCAUCUCCGUGGCAACCACAGACGGGCUAAAACGCAAGACUCUCAUCAGAGACGGAUUACAGCAUCCUCGCGCCAUUGUGGUGGACCCUCAUGGAAAUUUUAUGUUCUGGACGGAUUGGGGCGAUUCGGCUCGGAUCGAGAGGUGCGGUCUGAACGGUGCGGAUCGGACGCCUCUGGUCACAGACAACAUCGCGUGGCCCAAUGGGAUCACACUGGAUAUGCUGAAUCAGCGUCUGUACUGGGUGGACUCAAAGAUGCACACACUGUCCAGCAUCAGUGUGACCGGAGGACAACGACACACAAUCAUCUAUGAUGAACACAAGCUUCUGCAUCCACUCUCACUGACUGUGUUUGAGGAGAAGGUCUUCUGGACAGACGAGUCUAAUAACGGCAUUUGGAGCGCAAACCGAGAGACGGGCCAAGACAUCACAGCUGUAGCUCAACAUCUGCAGUCACCUGGAGAUAUUGUGAUGUAUCACAGCCUCAAACAACCCACAGGGCAGAACUGGUGCAGAGUGGCGGAGCUUGACAAUGGUGGCUGUGACUUUCUGUGUCUGCCGGCACCGGCGAUUAACAAACGUUCACCCAAAUACACGUGUGCGUGUUCUGAUCACAUGACCCUGGCGGCAGACAUGAGGACGUGCGUCUCAGUUUCACCUGCAGCCAAAGCUACAACGCUGUUACCCACGACAACCAGAACUCCAUACAGAACCAUGACAUCAUCACACCAUCAGAAGGACCCGAGUGAAGACACCACUCAGACGAAAGAGAUUAAUAAAGCACAAGAGCCGAUCUCCAGCCCUUCCCAUCAUCCCACAGUCCUGUACAUCACACUUCCAAUAGUCGCCUUGUGUCUGAUGGUGUUUGGUGGUGUGUUGCUAUGGAGACACUGGCAUCUGAAAAACACCAACACAAUUCACUUCACCAACCCAGUGUAUCAGAAGACAACAGACGACACCGUCCACAUCUUCAGAAGCCCAAGUCUGGACGGCUACACACAUCCAUCGUGUCAGAUGGUGGCUUUGGAUGAAGAAACGGCCUGAUGCUUCUACAGUGACGUCCAGAAAUGUGUGCCUGAGGUCAAUAGAAACGCUGCUCUGAAAGGAACUGAAGAAGACUUGUGUGUGUGUGUGUGUGUCUUAUAAAUAACCUUUUAUUGGAGAUACUUGAACAUCUGAGAGACUGAAGAGAUUCACAGCAUCUUGAACACUUGAAAUGACCCUUAAGAUGCUUUGAAACACAUGAAACACUCAUCAGCCGACUCACUCAUGCUUUAAUGCACUCAAGAACAAUGCAGUUUUAUAUACAACUUCUUUCUUACAGGGUGAUAUUUAACAUUCAUUGAUGAAGGAUAUUAACCCUUUACUCGCAUAUUUAACCUAAUGUUUGUAAAUAUUGAUUAUAUUUAUGUGGAGGCAGAUAGCCGUCUCUCUUCUUGCACUAUAUUUGUCCGCCUUCACUUGUUAUAAGUGCGCAGGGCUUCAUAAUAACGAUGAGAUUGUAUUCAGAGGAAACUGCGAGAGUUCUUUCUGUUUGCUGUUUAUUCCGUCACUCGUGUGAAUGUCGUGGGUUUAAUAUCAUCACUGAUUGAAGUUUCUCUGUCGUGUCUGUGAGAUCCGAGCGUGUCAUAUAUCUCAGAAUUCUUACCCGAUGCCUUGAAGAGUUCUCAGGUGUUCGUCACCAUUUGCUUGUUAUUGUCAGACAUGCAGUUACAAUGUUACUGGAAGAGUUCCUUUAGAUUUGUUGUUAUCACAUGUUAAAUGAAGAAUCUUGUGUGUAAAUAUUUUCAUGUCACUCUUUUAAAUCCAAGACUUGUAACUUGUACAAAGAAAAGGACUUUUAUUUAUUCUGUAUUAUUUUAUUUUUGAUAUCUUUGUGGUGAACAUGUACGUAAUGAUUUUGUGAAAUGGAAAACCAUGCUGAAAUGUGACUGCACUCCAGAAAGACAUUCAUCUCAAUGUUUGAAGAAUAAAACCCAUGUGUGAAGCUUUAGAUCAGGUUUGUGCCUCAUGGGUUGAAGUUGUGACUGAUUGAAUGAAGUUUGGCUCUGUCAUCACUGCUGAAGGAUGUGUCGGGUCACUUGUGUUUUGAAUGUUGAUGAAGGGUUUCUCUCUGCACUGAUGCUUUUAUGAACUGAAUAUUUAGACUCGACAACGACAACAUAUUUAUGUAAUAAAAGUUGUGAAAUCAGAAA